AUGAUGAUGCCACAACUGCUGCGACAGGGCCUUGCAGGGCUUGUGCUGUUCGCAGCCGCCAGCGAGGCGCUCAAGCUGGACCUGCACCCGACCAACGGCCAUGCGCGAUGUAUCCGCAACUUUGUGGCCAAGGACACGCUGGUGGUGGUGACGGCGACGCUGGACGGCCACCGGGGCGACGGCAUGGUGGUGAACAUGCAUAUCAAAGACGCCGUAGGCAACGAGUACGGCCGAGCCAAGGACAUUGCCGGCGAGCAGCGCACCGUCUUCACGUCGCACGCGGACGCAGCCUUUGACGUCUGUUUUGAGAACAUUCUGAACCACCGGAGCAACAACGACGGGUACCGCCGGGUGGAGCUCGACGUGGACAUUGGCGCCGACGCCAAGGACUGGGCGGCCAUCCAGGCGACGGAGAAGCUCAAGCCGGUCGAGACGGAGCUGCGGCGCAUCGAGGAGAUGCUCAGCGAGAUCGUCGACGAGAUGGACUACCUGCGCGUGCGCGAGCAGCGGCUGCGCGACACCAACGAGAGCACCAACACGCGCGUCAAGUACUUUGGCUUCGGCACCACCUUUCUGCUGAUCGGCCUCUGGGGCUGGCAGAUCAUGUACCUGCGCGCCUACUUCCGCUCCAAGCAUCUGAUCUAG